UUCCUAAUUAUUUCGUUCAGUCUUGUUGUCUAUAAUCUAUAUAGAUCUAUAUAAAUAAAGGGUGGUGGAUAACUUCUGUAAACAUAUCACAAUUGCAGUAUUGUUUGAUCAGGAAAAUGGAGUCCUUGUUUGCAGUCAUCACUCUCUCCUUACUUCUCUUGUUUGCUAACAAUGUCAAUGGAAGAAAAGAUUUGGGGGAAUACUGGAGAGGUGUGAUGAAUGAUCAGCCCAUGCCAGAAGCAAUCCAAGGCCUUACUCACAGUAGCGGUACAGUCUCCUCGUCCGUCUCUGAUUCAAAAACAGACUGUCAUACAAAUGAAGAUCUUGGAAGCAAGAAGAACAAAUUAUUUGUCAAGGACUUUGAAUCAGGAAAUAAUGCAACAUCUUACCAUGGUGAUGGAAAACUCAAGGAAGAAGAUAAAUCAUUUGACAAGGACAUUGAGCCCAGGCCCAAUCUCUCGGCAUACGGUGAUGAUAAAAGUCUCAAGGAAGGGAAAUCAUAUGAGAAGGAUAUUGAGCCUAGGCCCAAUGUCUCCGCCUAUGGGGAUGAUGCAAAUCUCAAGGAGAAAGAUGAAUCAUUCGACAAGGACAUUGAGCCCAGACCCAAUGUCUCGGCCUAUGGUGAUGAUGAAAGUCUCAAGGAAGGGAAAUCAUUUGAGAAGGAUAUUGAGCCUAGACCCAACAUCUCGGCCUAUGGUGAUGAUGAAAGUCUCAAAGAAAGGAAAUCAUUUGAGAAGGAUAUUGAGCCCAGGCCCAAUGUCUCUGCAUACGGUGAUGAUGAAAGUCUCAAGGAAGGAAAAUCAUUUGAGAAUGACAUUGAGCCCAGACCCAAUAUCUCGGCAUACGGUGAUGAUGAAAGUCUCAAGAAAGGGAAAUCAUUCGAGAAGGAAAUUGAGCCUCGGCCCAAUGUCUCGGCCUAUGGUGAUGAUGAGAGUCUCAAGCAAGGAAAAUCUUUUGUCAAAAAUCUGGAACCCAGGCCCAAUAUUAUUGUUUCCAGUGCCUAAGAAAGUUGAAGCCACUCAGGUAGUUGGCCAUGCCUGCCUGCUUAGUUUAUGGUGUUUACUAGUACUGUCUAAGUGAAGCCUUUGUGGUUUGUGUCUAUAAUCUAAAUAAAAAUGUUUAUGAAGUUUAGUUUUUUUUGUUAAGGAAGUGGCAGUGUGUCUAAGUGAAGCCUUUGUGGUUUGUGUCUAUAAUCUAAAUAAAAAUGCUUAUGAAGUUUAGUUUUAUGGUUAAGGAAGUGGCAGUGUGGUUUUCAUGUGUGUAAUAAAAUGGUUGCUGUGUUGAUCCA